AUGCUUGGCUGCCUUUGUACGCGCCAGUUUAAUGCGACGUUGCCGCCGUUUGUCGACCCCCUCGCUCGAUUCGCCGACGACCCUAGUUUUGCCUCCGAGCUGCCCGGGCAGCUCACUGUCAAGACGUCUUCCUCAAAGAAGAGAAAGCUUGCCCGGCCGCCCUCAUCCAGGGACCUAGACCCUUCCAGCUCUCCCUCUCCCGACACCGCCUUGCCCUCGUGCGAGCCCGACGACGACCAAGCUCUUUCCUUCUCCGCUCCGUCGGCAGCCUCUGGGCUCAGUACGCCUCUCUACCUCCGCGCCGACUCGCUCCCCGCCUCCAGCCUGCCCCCGCGGCUGCAAACCCAGGCCUCGUCCCUCGUUUCCGCCGAAUACGCCUCCUCAGUGGCCUCGUCCCCCUGUGCCUCGGCCUACGCUGAGCUCUCCCUCGACAGCGACAGAGGAGGUGACGAGGCUGGUCCUGCGCUCAACCAGGCCAGAAGCCAGUCUCCCUUUCGAGUCUCAAGACGGGCGGCCAUUAUGAAUGGCGAUGACGACCUGCCUCGCCGCUCGUCAUCUCCGCUCAAACGACGCGCCUCGGGCAUGGAUUCCGAAACAGACGCUGCUGCCAAGAACGGCGACGUAGACAUGGUCAAGUCUCAGACCACAGAUCGCGGCAAUGAGUCGGUAGACAGCCUCCCUCGCGACAUGAGCGUCGAUGCCACCGAGACGAAUGGCCAUGGCGCCGCCGAAAACGCCUCUUCUCAACCUCCUCCUCCCCUGUCGGAGCAAGUCAAGAUCAUUGAGAUACUGCUCAAGGCCUUUGCGGAAGCUCCAGUCAAAGAAGGCAGCGUGGCAUACUUGGUAUCGCGAUCCUGGAUGAGCCAGGCGCUUGCACUGCGCCCCGAUCCCAAGGCGCCCAAGGCGAGCUCCGCCGAGGUUUCCCUGGGCCCCGUCGACAACUCCGAUAUAAUUGGCGAGGUCAUCAAAGAUCCCAGCGGCACGCGCUUUGUGUGCCUCAAGCCUGGAGCCGGCCUCGAAUCUUUCGAGUUGUUUCCUGACGACGCGUGGAAGCUGGUCAUGGACUGGUAUGGCAUCAAAGACGGCCAAGCCCCGAUUGUUCGCAUUGCCGUCAAUACCGCCGACAGCAAACAAGACCCACCCAACAUCAUGUACGAGUUCCAUCCGCCCGUCUUCCGCGUUUAUCGACUCUGGAGCUCCACCGCCCACGCCCAGACCUUCCUCAAAGAUCUCAAGGCUCUCACAGGCAUCCCCAUGGACCGCAAGGUUCGCCUGUUCACGAUUCCUCCAGAGCUACCGGCAAUCAGCGGUCCCUCCGAGUCACACUCGACUCUCACGCCCCCGGACUCUCCCGGACGGCAAGGACCAAACUCGAACCAUUCCCAGCAUGCGUGGCCAAGUCUCUUGCUGGAUAUUGCAACCUUUUCUCACGUUCGAGACUUGAAAAUCGCGGUUCAGCUGGCGGACCAGACGGCCAACGAAAAAUUCAAUGGCCAAACGACUCUCCAGCACUACCAUCUGACCACCAACCAGACGCUCGUCAUUGACGAGUCCAUUGGCAGCUACUGGGUCAGCAGUUACACCGGCCGAGAAAAGAUUACCGAAAAGUCUAUCCCGUCAAGAAUCAACAUGGCAGCUCUAUCCUCCAAGGCUAACAGCAAUAGGAGCAGCCCGUCUCGUGACGGCCCUCUAACUCGCGGUCGAGCCCAAAAGAAGCGGCUCGGCCGAAACACCGGGGCCGUGGGCUUGCACAACCUUGGAAACACCUGCUACAUGAACUCGGCCCUGCAAUGCGUCCGAAGCGUGGAGGAACUAUCCAAGUACUUCUUAACCGAGUCACACCUCCCCGAGAUCAACGAAACAAACGUUCUGGGCUACGAGGGCAGAGUGGCGGUAGCUUAUGGCAACCUUUUAAGGGAGGUGUACGAUGAAGGGAGAAGCACCGUGAACCCUCGCGAAUUCAAGUCCACAGUUGGCCGAUGUCGCCCCACGUUCUCGGGAUGGGGCCAACAGGACUCUCAGGAGUUUCUCGGCUUCCUCCUCGACGCCCUUCAGGAAGAUCUGAGCCGUAUCAAGAAGAAACCCUACAUUGAGAAGCCCGAUUCCACUGACGACAUGGUCCACAACCCGGAGGCGAUACGGGAAAUGGCCGACAAGGUAUGGGACAUCACUCGCCGGCGGGACGACUCUGUCAUUGCCGAUCUGUUUACCGGAAUGUAUAAAUCGACAUUGAGGUGUCCCGAGUGCGGCAAGAUCAGCAUCACGUUUGAUCCCUUCAACAACUUGACACUGCCCUUACCGAUGGAGGACAUGUGGACCAAGGCAGUCAAAUUCUUUCCGCUCAAUGAUAUCCCCGUUAAGAUCGAGGUGGAACUGCCGAAACACAGCUCAGUCGAACGCCUUAAGCUGUAUAUAUCGGACCGAACUGGUGUCCCCAUAGAGCGAUUGAUGGGAUCCGAGGAGUUCAAGGAUCGGUUCUUUAAAAUGUACGACAACCACCAGGACAUUUCCGAGGAGAUCUCGCAGACGGAUACGCCGACGAUGCAUGAGUUGGAGGCCGUCCCGACGAACUGGCCGUGCAAGACACCGCGAAAAAAGUAUCGAUCCAUGCUGGACGUCGACUCGCCUCUGGAUUCGGUCGAGUCCGACGACGAGCAAUGCGAGAUCAUGGUUAUUCCCGUUCUCCAUCGCCGGCCGCAGCUGCUCGGGCGAGGUUUUGACGGAGUUUCUCCUCCUCACUUCAUCACCUUGAACCGCAAGGAGGCGUCGAGCCUCGACUCGAUACGGCGCAAAGUGCUCGAGAAGGUUGCCACCUUUUCCACGUGGUCCAAGCUCGCCGAUACACCUGACGCGAACGGACACGCGGAUUUUGUGGAUGGUGACAUGGUUCUCACCACAGCCUCGGACGCUGAUUCUUCGGGGGACAGCAAAGUGGCUGCUUGCUCGGUGGAGGGCGAGGAGGACAUGGUCGACAUCACCAUGAGGGACGCGCACGGCAAUCUCGGCGCGCAGUCCAGAGUCCUCAAGCGUUUCAACGCACGCCGCCCCAAGUUUACCAACCCGGACAAUUUCCUCGACCCGGAACUGCAGAACCUCUUUGAGCUCUGCUACUUUAGAAGCGACACGGACGGUACUGUCCCGACGGGGUGGUCCAACGUCGACAACGCAUGUGCGUUGCCAAAGCUAUCCGAUCGCGUCCCUGACCUGAAGGAGGUGGAUCAAGCCAGCCCCGAGAGUCUUGAUAGCACCCUUUCGGGCAACGAGGACAGCAGCAACGAAGACGAGAAACGAUCAGAAACACCCCAGACGCGCAUGACGGAGGAGUCAAGCGAUGAGGAUGCCUCCCCGGCCGCCAGGUUUUCGGCUCGACCAGGGCGACAGCACCCAAAGUUCGGGGCCGGCGGCCGCAAGAAGUUCAAGGGCCACAAGACGUACAGUAAAAAGGGCAAUAAGCGCCGCGACAAGCAGAUGCGGGGCGGCAAAAACCAACAGCGUAUGCCCCCCGCCGUCAGCCCGCAGCCCAUGCCUGCCGCAGUCGCCGACGGCGGGCCGCUGGUCCGCCUCUACGAGGGAAUCACAGUGGACUGGAGCGAAGAGGCUUGGGAGAUGGUCUUUGGCAACACGAGACGCUUCGAUGCUGCCCGAGGCGGGAAAACAUCCAGAGGCAUCACCUUGGAGGAGUGUCUCGACGAGUUUGAGCGGGCAGAGGUCCUGUCGGAGCAGGACAUGUGGUACUGUCCACGGUGCAAGGAGCACCGACGAGCGAGCAAAAAGUUUGACCUGUGGAAGACGCCGGAUAUCCUGGUUGCGCACCUAAAGCGGUUUAGUAGCUCUGGGUGGCGCCGCGACAAGCUGGAUGUGCUGGUCGACUUCCCGAUUGAGAGUCUGGACCUCACCUCGAGAGUGAUUGAAAAGGACGACGGCAAGGUUGAGGUGUACGAUUUGAUUGCCGUCGACGACCACUACGGAGGACUUGGCGGAGGCCACUACACUGCCUACGCCAAGAACUUUGUGGAUGGACGCUGGUACAGUUUCAAUGACUCGUCGGUGCAUGUCGUGUUGGAUCCCACGUCGGUUGUCACGAGUGCCGCCUAUCUGCUCUUUUACCGUCGACGGUCCAGUGCCCCCCUGGGAGGGCCGCGGUUCGCCGAGAUCUUGGACAAGUACGACAAGGAAACGUACGGAUCUGACUACGAGAACGCUGAAUCGGGCGAGGACGGUGGCCAAACGGCCAAGCCUGCCAACGGACAGGACUCGAGGCCCGACGACGAGGAACUGCCGGCCUACGACAAGACGAUCCGUCGAAGCAUAGAGGGCGACGGAGCGGAAGUCUCGAGCACGUGCCAACCUCUGGAGUCAAAGUCUCUGGACAUGACGCAGGGGUGGAACUUUAACGGGCUGGGCUCGCGUGGGGCCGGAGCGUCGACGGGGGGCGAGUGUGGCAGCGACGAUGCCCAGUUCGACUCGUCGGGCGACGAGCGAGGACGGGACUUGGUGGAGCAGGACACCGACAUGGCGUCGAGCGUGACAGUCGAAGACAAGGCCGCGUGGGAGGGCCAGGGCGUGAUUGCGGUGCCGGCGCGGACAGGCAGUGAGGGUGACUCGGACGAGGUGGCCGAAAUUCACUUGGAGGGCGACAAGGCAGGCCGCAGCCAGUGA